AUGGCGGUCUCCACAGGAGUUAAAGUUCCUCGUAAUUUUCGCUUAUUGGAAGAACUUGAAGAAGGACAAAAAGGAGUAGGUGAUGGCAUGGUUAGCUGGGGCCUCGAAGAUGAUGAAGAUAUGACACUUACAAGGUGGACAGGCAUGAUUAUUGGGCAACCAAGGACAAAUUAUGAAAACAGAAUAUAUAGCCUAAAAGUAGAAUGUGGAACUAAAUAUCCGGAAGCUCCUCCAUCAGUUAGAUUUGUAACAAAAAUUAAUAUGAAUGGAAUAAACAAUUCCAGUGGAAUGGUGGAUGCACGGAGCAUACCAGUGUUAGCAAAGUGGCAAAAUUCCUAUAGCAUCAAAGUUGUACUUCAAGAGCUGAGACGUCUAAUGGUGUCCAAGGAGAAUAUGAAGCUUCCACAGCCACCCGAAGGACAAACAUACAACAAUUAAUUGUAGUGAAUCUCAGAUUUGUCUUACAUCAACAACCUUCUACUCAUAUUAAUGUCUUGAUUAAA